AUGAGUCUGAAUAUUCCCCCACCACGCCCCUCCGUCAGUGAGCGCAGAGGCCAGCAAUUGGCUCCGCUGCAGACCAACUUCAGCCGUCCCAAUGGCCAACCCCUGGUCCUUCCCUCGCGCCCACAGCGCCCCCGGCCGGAAGAAUACCAGGUCUACGGCGAGACGGACCGAGUCCCCUUGAAUGCGCCGGCCAAGCGACAGUCCUCUAAAUCAAGCCUCCGCACCAUCUUCACUCGCGACAAGCAACCCCGCCGCCCUCACGACAAGCCGCUGUCCGGUAUCGACGAGGCCCAGAACCCGACGCCCCAGGCGGCGACAGCGGCCGCGGCCCCCCUUGAAGAUGGGGCACCGGCGGGUGACGUGAUCUGGAAACCACCGCCCCUGUUCCAGGCGUACCCCCAAGCCCUCAAGCAUGACAUACUUCCCGCCCCGGUCUUGUCGGCGGAUUCCAUCCUACGGAUCCACGCGACCUCGAUGGCCAAAUAUCGAGACGAGGCCGCUCAUUCGCACCGGGACGAUUCGGCGGGGGAGAUCACCGCGCGGAAGAAAAAGGAGGACAAGGAGAGGUCAAAGCAUCUACGUUCCCUGUCCGGGACGAUCGGCAAGGCCGAGUGGACGAAGAAGAUCUUCGUCCUAGCCACCUCGGGGUAUAUCAUGCAAUACUCCGGCGGCGGGAAACACGACCGGCUGCCCGAGAAGGUGCUGCAGCUCGGACCCGCCUCCGUGGCGUUUGCCAGCGACGCCAUCCCGGGAAAGCACUGGGUGCUGCAAAUAUCCCACACGGCCGAAGCCAACGAUCCGACGACCGAGGCCCCUCGCCCGCGCUUUUCUCGCUUUGGCUUCCACCGGUCGCACACCCGCCGACUGGCGCACAGCUUUCUCCUCGUGUUCACGAGCCCGGAGGACAUGAGCUCGUGGCUGCUCGCGGUGCGCGCCCAGAUCGAAGCCCGCGGCGGCAAGAAGUACGUCUCCGAGAAGGUCUUCGACGAGGACAUGGAGCACGAGCUGCACCCGAAGUCGAGUGUCCGACAGCCCGCCAAGAGGGACCCGAACCGUUUCUCCCAGGUCUACCUGCAGCCGCAGCAGUUGGCCGCUCCCGACGACCGAGAAUCCCAAUCCGACGCGCAGUCUCGCCAGGGGUCCAACAUUUCUCUUCAUCGCCGGUCAUUCAUACGGCAGAACACCUCGGACUCUCGCUCGGCCUCGGUCUCGACAACUCAUACAGAUGUCACCUCCCCGUUGAAUAGUGGUUCGGGACGGUUCUACGGCCCCACCACGGACAGCAACUCCAACUCCCCGGGUACGACUAGCUCUGCGAGCGUCCUUGCCAAUUAUCCUGCGACUCGCUCCAUUAGCCCUCCGCCUAUCAAUAUACCGGUAGAGCCAUCUAUGCGUGCACCCGUGAAGCCGCCGGUUUAUCAUCCUGCAACCCGCCCUGUCAGUCCUCCUAUGCAGGCGCCUCUAAACAUGCCGGUACAGCCUUCUAUACGUGCUUCUAUGAACCCUCCGGCCCACUCUUCGGCUCACCCUACAACCCGCCCUAUAAGCCCUCCUAUGCAUGCACCCUUGGACAUGCCAGUGCAGCCUUCUAUACGUGCUUCUAUGAUGCCUUCGGCCCAUCACCCUGCCGCCCAUCCUAUCGGCGGACUGAGUAACAGCGGACUGAGCAACAUUCAUGAGUCGCAAUGGACCUUCCAGGACAACCCUAAAAGACGGUCAUUACGUAUGGCCAACUCCGAAGACGCACUGUCAGAAACUCUACGACACCACGGGUCCAGUACCCAUCGCCUUUCCCGAAUGCCCCCAAGCAGCAUCAUAACCUCCACCCCCUCCCCCCGAUUCCCCACCUUCGCAGAAGAAGAUCCAGAAUCCCCAUACGGCGACAUGCCAACCCCCCAGCUCCCCCCAGCAAACGGUGACCCAUACUACUACGAUCCUCCCCGACCACGGCCACCCGCCCCCCACCAUGCAGAUCAAAGCCGCCUCUCAAUGGGCCCGGUAGCCCGGCGAAAAAGCAUGCCCGGCCUAUCAGUCGGGCCCCCCGCAGCCCCUCCCCCCAACUGCCCACUACCCAAGAUCCCAUCUCCGUUACAAGCCUCCCACGCCCAUUUCCCCUCCCCGCCGAGGCACGAUAACAUGCCUACAUCACCGCCGAGGGAUCCGCGCGCGCGCCGGAGGAGCAUAGCCCGGCCGGCGCAUCCUACGCGCGCCCCUGCACCUGACAUGCGUGUCGCUAGCUCGGGUCAUGCGAGGGUUUGA